GGGUCGAAAAAAAACAAUGUUAGCAAUGAGCCCUUUGGGGUCUGAAAGAAACUUGCGUUGCUGCACAGGAUACAGACCCAUCCUCAAGAGCUACCAUACCUUCAUCCAAGAUUUUCAAGUGGAAUCCAUCCCACCAGAAUACAUCAGUGCCACUGAGUUAUUCCACAAGGACCCUACCUCUUCUGUGCAGCUGUUUCAGGUCACUGAUGUCAGACACAUCAUCAGGGCAGUUGUUGCUGACACAGAGGUUCAUGCUCAGAUGGCUACAGAGGCAGUGAAGGUUACAUACUAAAAGCUAAAGCCCUAUCAUCACUAUUCAGGGCGGUGUCAGAACUCUCGUGGUAAAAUGGUCUUCAGCAGAUAAACCUGUGAUGUUGUCUGUCUCAGCCCUCCAUCAGAGAUUCCAGCUUCAAGAACAUCUCCAGAGACUUGAGGAGAAAAUCCCUCCCAACGUCCCCCGUGCAGUGCUGAGCAAUAAAAUGUUUACACCUGGCUCCAUGAGCUGGCUUUGGUACACAUAAAAUGAUUCCAGAACACUACUAAGUUUUUCUUGCUGUCCUGGUGGAAAGGAACAUUAAGAGAGUGGUUAAUAAAGUAUGUGGGGUCCUACGAUUCCUGAAUAAUGCCAAAGUAGGGAAUGUUCAGCCCAUACCUGAUGUACUGCAUCUAAUGCAGGUCACUUAACUUUAGGAAGGAUGUGAAGAUGCAGAAUGAGUUUUUGAAAAUGGUUCCAGAGAUAUCAGCUCCAAAUAGCUGGGGUUGUUUUCCUGGGAGGAUGAGA